CACCUCUUCUUUCCCGGGAAAUAUCCGAGAAGGGAGACUAUACCGUUCCAACGGUCGAAAUUAUUCGGACUCCCCUGCUACCCAAGAGAAGGAUAAGAGGAGACCAUGAUCGCUCCCUCCCCGAGCGCCGUCCAGCUCCACGCCGGCUCCUCCCUCUUCCUUUCUCCCAAUCCUCACCUUCACCUCCGACAUGGGUACCCCAGAUCUCGAAGGAUCUGGAGGAGUUCCAUGCGUUUGGCUACCAGGACCCUCAUCAAAGACGGGGUUUUAAGGAUUAAUGGGAGGGAGGCACUCACAAGAGUACCCAAGAAUGUCGUCGUCUCGCCAUCCAAGACUGAUGAUUCGGCAUUCUUAGGAGCGGUAUCUGAUAGGAAGGGAUCCCGCCAUGUCUUCACGCUUGGUGUUCUUCGGGAUCAUCGACUACUUUGCUUAUUCAGGUUCAAGAUCUGGUGGAUGAUACCUCGAAUGGGAAAUUCAGGAAGUGAUAUACCCAUGGAGACACAAAUGUUGCUUAUGGAAGCAAGAGAAGAUUUAGGUGUUGACAAAGGACUCCAUGAAGCUUCUAAUGGGCCCACUCACUAUAUUCUCUUCUUGCCAGUGCUCGAUGGUCCCUUUAGGAGCAGUUUGCAAGGGAAUUCUUCAGACGAACUUGAGUUUUGCAUCGAAAGCGGAGAUCCUGCUGUGGAAGCAUCCCAAUUCCUAGAAGCAGUAUUCAUUAAUUAUGGGAACAAUCCCUUUGACCUCAUGAAGGAAUCUAUGAAAAUACUGGAAAAGCACAUAGGAACCUUUUCAGUGCGUGAAUAUAAACAGAAGCCUGCAAUGCUGGAUUGGUUUGGUUGGUGCACCUGGGAUGCUUUCUAUUUUGAUGUAAAUCCCCGGGGAAUUGAAGAUGGCCUGAAGAGUUUAUUGGAAGGUGGUACUCCAGCAAGAUUUCUGAUAAUAGAUGAUGGUUGGCAAGACACAGCUAAUGAAUUCCAGAAAGAAGGUGAACCAUCCAUUGAAGGAUCUCAGUAUGGAGCCAGAUUAGUCAGCAUUAGAGAAAACAGCAAGUUCAGGAGUUCCAAAAAUGUUGCUACAAAUGGAGCACCAAACUCGCUAAAGGAUUUUGUUGCAACUAUAAAGAAGAAUUUUGGAGUGAAGUAUGUCUAUGUCUGGCAUGCGCUGAUGGGUUAUUGGGGAGGAGUUCAUCCAGAUGCACCAGGAACAAAGAAAUAUAAUACCAAGCUAAUAUACCCUCUCCAAUCUCCGGGAAAUCUUGCACAUUCCAGAGACUUAACAAUGGACUGCAUGGAGAAGUAUGGUGUUGCCAUGAUAGAUCCAAACAAGGCAUACGAAUUCUAUGGUGAUCUACACAGCUAUCUUGUGUCACAGAAUGUGGACGGCGUUAAAGUAGAUGUACAGAAUAUUCUUGAAACCCUUGCAGCAGGUUAUGGUGGCCGGGUCUCCCUGACUCAUAGGUUCCAGCAGGCACUGGAAAAAUCUAUAUCUAAAAACUUUCAGGACAAUAACAUAAUAUGCUGCAUGGGUCAGAACACAGAUUCUGUAUACAGUUCAAAUGUGAGUGCCAUUACCAGAGCAUCAGAUGACUUUAUGCCCAGAAACCUAACAUCACAGACACUGCAUGUUGCUGCUGUUGCAUUCAAUAGCAUCUUUUUUGGAGAGAUUGUGGUCCCAGAUUGGGAUAUGUUCUAUAGCCUCCACAAUUCUGCUGAGUUUCAUGCAGCUGCAAGAGCCGUGGGUGGUUGUGGAGUCUAUGUCAGCGACAAACCUAAUCAGCACAACUUUGAGCUACUUAAAAAGCUUGUACUUCCCAAUGGGUCUAUUCUAAGGGCUAAAUACCCCGGGAGGCCUACACGAGAUUGUCUGUUCAAUGACCCAGUAAUGGAUGGAAAAAGUCUUCUGAAGAUCUGGAAUCUGAAUACAUAUACUGGAGUUCUUGGCAUUUUCAAUUGCCAAGGAGCUGGAACCUGGCCAAAUCUUAACAAAAAACAGAUUAUCCCAAUUUCUAAGCCAACAUACCUCACUGGUCAUAUUAGCCCAAGUGACAUCGAGUAUCUUGAAGAGGUUGCUGGGAAUGGUUGGACUGGAGAUUGUGCAGUUUAUUCCUUCAAUUCUGGUUCACUUUAUCAAUUGCCAAGGAAUGGAUUAUUGGCUGUCUCACUACAAGUUCUGCAAUCUGAAGUUUUUACAAUUACUCCAAUCAAGAAUUACAAUCAAAGUAUUCAAUUUGCACCUGUUGGAUUAAUUAAAAUGUACAAUUCUGGUGGAGCUGUAGAAGUGAUGGAUUUUUUUGAUGGGAAUCCUACAUGCCGAUUAAGCAUCAAAGGGAGAGGAUCUGGUCCUUUUGGAGCAUAUUCAAACAUAAGACCCAAAACUUGCAUCGUGAACUCGAAAAACGUGGAGUUCCAAUACGAUACUCGAGACAAGUUUUUGACAUUAACCAUUCCUUUAGGGAUUAAUUCUUGGGAGACAGAGAUUUACUUCUAGGAUUCAUAUUUUAGAAGAAUCCUCAUUAGAUGAUAUACUUUUCCCCGUAGCCAUUAUAUCAUUGUUGUAACAGUCAAAUAGAUUAUAUAUAAGCCCAAGCCAAUUAAUUGCAGAUAUCAGUUGUAGAUAUCGACUUUGACAUUCCUUCAUCAUUAUUCCAUUGAAUUUGCGAAUACAAGACCUCCCUAGUGUAUGAAAUUAUUACAUAACCAGGAAUUCUUGCAGGUCAA